GUGUGUGUGUUGCCGCACAAAUGAAACGGUCUUUCUUGUUGUUUUAAACUAUAUAAAUUUAGCUACGUAUUGAAUCGUUUCGUGCUGACAAAAAUGAGCAUAUCCAACCACCCAGGUAGUUCCGCGCGUGGCGGAAGUACUGAAUCUACCAAGAACCUUAAAACAUUUGUCCUGCCUGAUAAAUGCUUCGAGAAGCAUGCAGCGUGUGCCUGGAGACGCGGCAACAAGUUUUCUAUAUAUCCACGUAGUCAAAUUACUAGCAAUUCGCCGUCCAACACCGAAAACAAAGUACUCGAUAUCCGCCAAGAAGUUCUUUUAUUCAUUCCGAUUUUGCGUAAACUAGUGAACGAAUCCAAUGGAACGUUUUUGUCGCUACAAAAAGCUGCCGAAGCUGCAAAGUCUACGGAUAAUCAAGUGGAAUUGUUAAAACUUUCGCGCCAGUAUCGUUCAAUCAUCCGAGUUUGCAUCGAGAGCUUACAGGACGCCGCAAAUAAAGAAACUAACGGCAUAGAAAAGAACAGUUUGCUUUCUUACAUCACAAUAUUUUACUCUAUCGAGUGUAUUUGGCAUCUCUGUGAGAUAUUGUACAUAGACAACAUUCCUGGAGAUAUUGUUUUGCCGUAUCUUCUAGAAUGGGUGCGUUUCCACUUCCCGUGCCACGAACAGACCGCUGCGCAGUUGUUAGAGGCCUGCGAGAGAGGGUCCGAAGAUCACCCCGAAUACUGGGACACCGUGGUGGGAAUGAUUGUUCAGGGAAGAGUAGAUGUUGCUAGAGCGUUGUUGAAACUGCAUUCACUGACUGAUUCCAAUGAAUUUAAGUUGCUGGACAACUCUUUGAGGAGCAUGCCUGUGUACAGUGUAUAUGGCGGUAUAUCAACAGGGGAGUUUACCGUAUCUUGGAAGCACUGGCAGGCGGAAUGCCGUUCCAAGCUUGGCAGUCGUGUGUUGGCUUCUCAACCCAAGUUGGAACUUAUUAUGAAGUUGAUCAUCGGCGACUACUCAGCGUUCGAGUCGAUCCGGGACAAGUACUCGUCCUGGUUCGACAUCCUGGGCGGCUGGGUGAUGUUCACGGCUCCGUGGGCGCGCCGUCACGCGCUCGGCGCCGCCGCCGCCGCCUGCGCCGGCAUGAGGCCCGGCGCGCCGACCACGCCGCUUGAUGAAAUGGCGCGAGCGCUCAUGGACGGUGAUUUGCAUCAGGUGAUCCAUGAAAUACAACAGAUAUCGGACAACGGCUGGUUUGCUACGCAUCUGACUGACAUUCUGUUCCACUGCGGCAAGCUGGAGAUUAUGGAUAAACACCAGACCGAUGUCACAGGCCGGCUCAGAGACAGCCUGAUCCUCGAGUACGGGUCCCUGCUUAUGGAGCACCCGUCUCUGUGGUCUGUAGGCCUGUCGUACCUCGCGUCUCGGCCCCCGGAGGGGCUGCGGCGCGCCGAACUUAUUCUGGAGCGGAUGCCCGUGCAGAACGAGGCCAAGGCGAUGAGGAUAGUCGCUGAAGCCAAGAAAUACGGACUGCUGGGAGUCGUGCAAUCAGUAUGCACCUGCAUGGGCGCUCGCCACUUAGCGGGCGGUCGCGUCGGCGGCGCGCUGUCUUGGGCGGUGCGCGCGCGCGAUUCGGCGCUGUGCGCGCGCGCCGCCGACCGCGCACUGCGUCAGUACUGCGCGACGGGCGCGCUGCCGGCUGCCGAUCUGCUACUCACGGCUGGAGCCGCCAUGCUGCUGUGCGACACGCUGCUGUUCUUGGGAAAGUACUGUGACUUCCACAGAUUGUACAAAAAUAGAGAAUUCAAGAAGGCCGGCAAACUACUAGUGUCUUUGCUCACAUCCAAAAUAGCACCUGAUUACUUCUGGGAGACGCUCCUCCUAGACACACUCCCUCUCUUAGAGUCAGACGAGCCAGUCUUUUCAUCCAGCGACACCUUCGAGAUCAUGCUGUGUCUGGAGCUCAAGCCGCUAGCACUAGCUGGCGAGAAGGCCGACUUGCUGCGACUGGCGCUGGCCAGGAAUCUCGCCCGGACCACCCUGUCUGAUGUGGACAGUGGGGGAGAAUGAGACAUGUCUACAUUACUGCCAACAUGUUUUUAGGAUAAAAAAAAAUUGCGAAUGACCAAACAAGACUUGGAAAACCACAUCUAAUGUUUUUUUCAUGCCUCACACAGGUUGGAAAUACAGUAUUUUGCCUUACCAUAAAGAUUUUUUUUUAUGGAAGUGAACACUUAAAAUGCCAAUGUUUGUUGAUUCCUUCAUACACUUGUUUGGUCUAUUUGCGCCAACACACAGAAAGCAAUUUGAAAUCAAAAGACAAUUCUAAUGUUCAGUGAAUUUGUAUUGUUUUCUUCUCUUUUAGUUCAGUCUAAAAACAUGGAGUUCAUGAGCUUUAAUAACAUUCAAUCUAUUGUGAAUCUUCAAUGGAAUUGAUUUACUGCUAAUUGACCUAAAAUUGUCAUUUAACAAUAAUCCGUGAUUAUAAAAUCAUCAAUAAAUUGUAAGCAAUCCACUUCGAUAAAAUGUAUAGUGGUCGAGGAUCAGAAUCACUACAGCACUGUGUAUAAAAACUAAAAAUAAGAAUAAGAAACAGUCUCACUAGUCAGAUUUACGAAUUGAUUACAUAAAAGAACAAUAAAUUAUCAAAAUACAUAACCCCGGUGCCAAAUACUGCCUCAAGAUUUCAAUAAUACCUACUAAGUAUUCAAAUAAAAUAGACUAAUAUCCAUUGCAAUAUGCCUUAAAAGCUAGCUGUAGUCUUUCUAAUUUUUACACCUAACUUCUAAAGUAGGUUUAAUGUUCAAAAUUAAUUUGUACUUUAGUUAAAUGUAUGUUUGUUUUCUGAAUGGUUUUACACAAUGUUGUAUGGGUGAUGAUGAAUAAAAAUAUUUUUUUAA